CGGAAGUGCCGGGAGACACCGGUAGCCGGCUUCGGUUACAAGCUUUCUGACCCCGCUGGCCGCCUGGGGACGUUCCGAACAGAUCGACACUCAAGGCCCGAUUCCGCCAGCACAGAACCAGCGAAGCCGGGGUCCCUCCCGCUCAUCGGCUUAGAGCCGAUGCCGGCCGCGCCCUGCAGCCCCGGGAGCGGGGCCGGACCAUGAGCCUGCUGGGCGGCCUCGCCACCUCCCCCUGGGCCCCGCUGCAGGCCAGCACGGCCAGAAUGAAAAAGCUCCCGAAGAAGAGCCAGAACGAGAAGUACCGGCUCAAGUACCUGCGGCUGCGCAAAGCGGCCAAGGCCACGGUGUUUGAAAAUGCUGCUAUUUGUGAUGAAAUUGCUCGUCUUGAGGAAAAAUUUCUUAAAGCAAAAGAAGAAAGAAGGUACUUGCUAAAGAAGCUUCUCCAGCUUCAGGCUCUAACAGAAGGGGAAGUACAGGCUGCAGCUCCUUCCCACAGCUCCAGUUUGCCCCUGACGUAUGGUGUGGCCAGUUCUGUGGGAACUAUACAGGGAGCUGGACCCAUUUCUGGGCCCAGCACUGGGGCUGAGGAACCAUUUGGGAAGAAGUCCAAGAAGGAGAAAAAAGAAAAAGGCAAAGAGAACAACAAACUGGAAGUUCUGAAGAAAACAUCCAAGAAAAAGAAAAUGGAGGGAGGUGCUCGCAAGCUGGUUCAGCCCAUUGCCCUGGAUCCCUCAGGACGGCCUGUGUUCCCCAUCGGACUGGGGGGUCUAACAGUUUAUAGCCUGGGGGAGAUCGUCACCGACCGGCCUGGCUUCCAUGAUGAGAGCGCCAUCUACCCCGUGGGCUACUGCAGUACUCGCGUGUACGCCAGCAUGAAGUGCCCAGACCAGAAGUGUCUCUAUACCUGUCAGAUCAAGGAUGGUGGUGUGCAGCCUCAGUUUGAAAUUGUUCCUGAAGACGACCCCCAGAAUGCCAUUGUCAGCACUUCUGCGGAUGCCUGUCACGCAGAAUUGCUCAAGACCAUAAGUGCAACAAUGGGGAAAUUAAUGCCCAACCUGCUCCCAUCUGGAGCUGACUUUUUUGGGUUUUCUCAUCCAACCAUCCACAACCUGAUCCAGAGUUGUCCGGGAGCUCGAAAAUGCAUCAAUUACCAGUGGGUGAAGUUUGAUAUCUGCAAACCUGGAGAUGGGCAGUUACCCCCAGGACUACCGGAGAAUGAUGCAACUAUAAGUUUUGAAGCCUUUCAGAAGGAGACUUUUGAGGAAGAUCAGAAUGAUCCCAUUCUACAAGGAUCCUUGGACCUCCCGGAGCUUCAGCCUAUCCCCUUCGUGUCAUCUUACCAAACCAUGUUCCUGACACACGAGCCCUUGGUAGACACUCAUCUACAGCACUUGAAGUCUCCAUCACAGUGUAGCCCAACUCAGUCCUCAGAUUGAACAAGAAGGGAUCAGCUAUCACGUCAUUUUCAUCGUGAUCCAUUUUUAACUUAAAAUCAGACUUAGGAUAUGUGGAAGAAAGCAGCAGUUCAGGAGUGAAGGCGAUAUUAAUUAAUACAUUUUGGCGUGGAGGUUCCCUUGGUGACAGUUUUCCCUGGGGAAAACUUCAACUGCUUUAUUUUUAGUAAUAAAUUUCUCUUGACAAGUCUGCUUAUUUUCAUCUUGUAAUCAGGAUAAAAUCUUUUUUUGCUUAGCUCUGCCUGAGGUAGAGUAAAUUCAGUUCUCUAAACCAAAGUGAGAUGACUGCCAACCCACGAAGGAGGGGCUAAGAUUCUGACUGCCUCCUACCCUGGAUUCUGAUCCUCUCUCAAUGACUAGAAAGACCCAAGCCUGGCAACCCAGGCUGCGACUUUACCUUCGUGUCAGUGUCAUGAAAAUCAAAUCCUGCUCAUCCCCAGGCUGGAGAGUAGUCCAAAGCACUCCUUGUCUUCAUAUUGCACAUUUCCUUCAAGAGGAUAAAAGUUUUCUUUAACCCAUUCUACAUUCCUUUUGUGGCUUUUCAUUAGAGAAUGUACUGUUGUCUGCGUACACUGAAACUAUAUAACACAAAUAGAUACAACAUGACUCCAGACCCACCCCAUCAUUUCAUUAAUCCUGUUAAAGAUUAACUCCUCCUGUGCAACUGAAUGUAUCAACUGCUUAUGACAGCAAGGCAAAGGUUUAUCACAGCAGCUCAUCCAGCCCAUUUCAACUCCACAUUCCCCAUCCAGCCAGGCACCAGGACUGGCUGGAAUAGCAGGGAGCAAAAGGAUCCAAGAAGUAGAAGGACGGAGGAGUGUUGAGAGCUGGAUGUUAAUGUGCCCCAGUCCAUAACUGCUGAGGGACAGCACAAACGGGAUGAGCCUUCUAGAAGAAAAUUUGGCCAGAGAGUGGAGGGGACCAGAGGCAGUAUUUGAGCCACUCCACACUGGCCACUACCAAGUAUCAGAAAAUAAAGUCACUAGUAUGAAUUUUAU